CUCUCUCUCUCUCUCUCGUGAAUCUUGUCGACACGAUUUCGGUGAUCUUCAGAUAAACCCACAGAAGACUUGAUAAUCGUAGAAGCGGAGUAGUUUCAUCUCAAAUUGUUCCUCAGACACUGAAAUUCGAAGUUAAUUUUACAUUUCUGUAUCUAAUCAUGGCGGCUUACAGAGCCGACGAUGACUACGAUUAUCUGUUCAAGUUAGUUCUGAUCGGAGACUCUGGUGUCGGUAAAUCGAACUUACUUUCUAGAUUUGCUAAGAACGAGUUCAAUCUCGAAUCCAAGUCAACUAUCGGCGUCGAAUUCGCUACCAGAAGUAUCCGUGUUGAUGAUAAAAUUGUCAAGGCUCAGAUUUGGGAUACUGCUGGACAAGAAAGGUACCGAGCAAUCACGAGCGCGUACUACCGUGGCGCAGUGGGGGCCCUACUAGUCUACGACACGUCCCGCCACAUCACCUUUGAGAACGUAGAAAGAUGGUUAAAAGAGCUCCGGGCCCACACAGACUCAAACAUCGUGAUCAUGUUAGUAGGAAACAAGGCGGAUCUUCGACACCUACGUGCGGUCCCCACAGAGGAGGCAAAGGCAUUUGCGGAAAAGGAAAAUACAUAUUUUAUGGAAACAUCGGCUCUUGAAGCGUUGAAUGUUGAAACGGCUUUUACUGAAGUGUUGACACAAAUACAUCAUGUGGUGAGUAGAAAGGCGCUUGAUGCCGGGGAUGAUCCUUUGGGUUUGCCUAAAGGACAGACGAUUAAUGUUGGGAGUAAGGAUGAUGUUUCGGCUGUUAAGAAAGUUGGUUGUUGUUCCGCUUAAGAAUGGAUGUUUUUAUUUAAAAUUGCUUAAAAAUUUAUUGUGUUCUUAUUUUAUAUGAUGAUUUGAGAUGCUUUUGUUGAAGGAAACUUGGAAAUGGGUUUGAAUUUAUUUUUAGCUUUCAAACGACAAUUAUUCUUAGUUUCAUUGAUGUUUUUGGAUUUUUUGUCGUGAUUUUUUUUGGUUUUA